AUGGGCUUCAGUCUGCAUGCCAACAACAGCAAUGACCCGCCUGAGGUGCGGAACUGGCGGAUUCACCUUAUCACGGUUAUUGUGAGUAUGGGUGCUAUUGCGAUGGGAUACGACACCAGUGUGAUUGGCGGGACGAUGGCCUUGGAUUCGUUCCGGCGUGAUUUUGGCCUGGUGUCUGCUUCGGAGACUGAGACUGAUACUCUUGAGGGAAACAUUGUGUCGACGUUCCAGGCCGGAUGUUUCUUCGGCUCGCUUCUUACGUUCCCGCUUGGGGAGAGAUUUGGGCGACGGAAUGCAAUCGUCAUGGCUAUUUGUGUCUUUUGUGUGGGUGGAAGUCUGAUGACUGCAUCGUCGGGCUAUCUUGGUUUGAUAUAUGCUGGCCGGGCCGUUGCAGGGUUCGGCAUUGGGGCUGUAUCACUCCAAGUCCCGGUUUACAUAGCUGAGAUGUCACCAGCUUCUAUUCGUGGUCGACUUGUUGGGAUCUUUGAAAUCUGCUCCCAGGGUGGUGGCAUGCUUGGUUUCUGGAUCAACUACGCCAUUAACCGUACUGUAUCCUCCGCGCGUAUGGCUCAGUGGCAGAUUCCUCUCGGUAUACAGCUUCUCCCAGGGGGCUUGCUACUAGCGGGAGUCUUCUUUUGCCCUGAGUCCCCGCGGUGGUAUGCAAAGAAAGACCGCUGGGCUGAGGCAGAGAAAAGUCUGGUCUGGGCUCGUGCCCUUCCUGCGGGGCAUCCGUUUAUCCAAGGAGAAUUGCAGCAAAUCCGCGAACAGCUCCAAUAUGACAUUGUACCACAGGGAAACAAGUACGACCCGUGGUAUUAUAUAAACCGAAUGUGGCAACGAGGAACUCGAAACAGGAUUGGCAUUGGCCUCUUACUCAUGGCAUUUCAGAACCUCACUGGGGUGAAUAUCAUUACAUAUUACUCACCCCGAAUAUUUGAAACCCUCGGAAUCAACUCAACAGACACCAAGCUCUUUGCAACUGGGUUCUACGGGAUCGCAAAGACCCUCGGCAUGAUCAUCUUCAGCGUCUGGCUCGUUGAAAAGGUCGGCCGCCGUAGCGGUCUCAUCUGGGGUGCUUUCAUAGGCAGUCUUCCCAUGUGGUACAUCGGGGGUUACGUCUUCGAGCGUGAUCCUACAGGGUCUUCACAGCGCGGUGACACAGUUCAGGACGCCUGGGGGUACAUAGCCAUGGUUUGUGUCUAUCUAUACGGUCUGAUAUACUGCGCUACUUGGCAGGGUAUAACCUGGGUCGUAUGCUCCGAGAUCUUCCCCAUCGACAUCCGCAUGCUCUGCGUCGCAAUUACAACAGCAGACCAGUGGCUCUGGUCCUUCAUUAUCAGCCGCACAACACCAUAUAUGAUCACAUCUCUUGGAUACGGCACGUACUUCUUUUUCGCGUCCUUGAUGAUCGCCAUGGGGUUCUGGGCGUGGUUCUUUAUUCCUGAGACGAAGGGCAAGACACUCGAAGAGAUGGAUGCGCUGUUUGGGGCGCCGAGCUCUGUCAGACCGGGAAUUGGCGAGAAUGGGGACGACGUGAAGAAGGAGACUGUUCAUGCUGAGAAGGUUUGA